GACGCAAACUCACAAAUAUUUACUUCCUGUACAUCAAGAGGAAAGGGGGCCCCCCUUUCGUGGAAUGCGGCAACAUGGGCGUGUUUGACCGCGGAGUUCAGAUGCUGCUGACCACGGUGGGGGCCUUCGCCGCCUUCAGCCUCAUGACCAUCGCCGUGGGCACAGACUACUGGCUGUACUCGCGCGGCGUCUGCAAGAUCAAGAGCACCAACGAGAACGAGACCAGCAAGAAGAACGAGGAGGUGAUGACGCACUCCGGCCUCUGGAGGACCUGCUGCCUGGAAGGUUCUUUUAAAGGCAUGUGUAAGCAGAUAGAUCACUUCCCCGAGGAUGCCGACUAUGAGGCGGAUGCUUCGGAGUACUUCCUACGCGCCGUACGAGCCUCCAGCAUCUUCCCCAUCCUGAGCGUGAUCCUGCUCUUCAUGGGGGGGCUGUGCAUCGCCGCCAGCGAGUUCUACAAGUCACGCCACAACAUCAUCCUCAGCGCUGGCAUCCUCUUCGUCUCUGCAGUUAUCAGCCAACGCUGGGGACCCUUCCAAGAUCCCAAGAAACAUGGCCCUUUACGGGUUGGUCCUUCUACUUGCCUCUCCUUCAUCAUGGCCGCAAUGGUGGCGUGUUGGCCGCGGCACAUGUUCAUCACCGCUACUCGGAAGGCGCGCAAAGGCCGCAGCGACGGCCUCUGCGUGCGCAAGCUCGACGCCGUCUCCACCGAGCUGUCCAUGUACACGCUGCCCAAGGGCCAAACGGGCACGCCAACAGCCACCUAUAACUCCACGGAGCGGGACCACAACUUCCUGCAGGUCCACAACUGCAUCCAGAAGGACCUGAAAGACUCAGGCAACUCCGCCAACCGACGCACUACACCUGUAUGAAAACUGGAAG